AUGGUCUACCGGCGGUCACAUGCCAAAUCCCGCCAUGGGUGUAGUACCUGCAAGCGGAGGAGGGUCAAGUGUGAUGAGCAACGGCCACACUGCACAAACUGUGUUCAGCGAAAGCAAGAAUGUGUCUACAGCACGGAAGGGCCCUACUUCUUUGCUGGGAAACCACGAAAAUCCGGACGGACGAGACGGUCCUCGAUCGCGGAGCAGAACGCCGAUCCUUUCGUAGGGAAUGUAUCAGCCACAGAGGGUCACCCAGGUGCUGCGCAAGCAUCCUCAGUCGUUCCUACUCUGAAUAUGGAACAACUAGAGCUAGAACUGCAAUGGAUUACACAAACCCACAAUUUACUCGCUCGCAACGAAGAGACGCGUAAAGUCUGGGAGGUGUUAGUGUUACAGGAGGCCCUUCACACGCCGUUCCUCAUGCACGGAAUCCUGGGUCUAUCUGCACUGCAUCUGUCGCGGCUACGAGACGACAAUUCCCAAGCGAAGUGGUUGAGCAUUGCUAUGUCCCACAAGAACGUUGCACUCUCCAUAUUCUCCGAGCAACUUUCUAACAUCGACCAGUCUAAUGCCAAAGCAAUGAUGAGCUUUGCCGGUCUCGUCGUGGCAUUUAGACUCGGAAGUUCUCUGACUCCUGGCUCUACUGACGGUCCAAGCUUAGCGUCUUUGAUUGAUAUAUUCACACUUGCCCGUGGAGUGCAGGCAGUUGUUAGCCAGCAGCAUGAGUUUCUACAGGAAAGCAACUUCGCACCACUAUUCAAUAUCACACCCCCAGAAUUGACCUGGCCAGAGGAUAUCGUUGAUGCCUUUCGUCGUCUUGAGGAGCUGAACGCCCAAUGUGGCCAGCAACUUGUCCACCACGACCGUGCAAUCUAUGAGCGAGACAUUGAUCAUCUCCGCAGUCUCUCGGCUUUUACGCUGGUACAACCUCAAUCAAUGACUCUCGUUGGGGGAUUCGCUAUUCGAGCUUCCAAGCAUUGUCUCCAUGAUCUCAGCCGCGAACACCCGUUCGCUUUGGUAUUGUUGGCCCACUACUGCGGGUUUCUCCAUAUGGCCCGGGAAAAUUGGUGCGUGGGACCCUGGGGGAGUAUUGUCUUGGAAGAAAUCCAGCAAUUACUACCGCCGGAUUGGCAGCAUCAUCUGGAAUGGCCGGUUCGGCAAGUUUGGGGUGUGGGAAGCGAUGAAUUUGGGGUUCUAAUGGAGAGCUAG